AUGAAGACAGGCUCUCAAAUCCGCCUGUUACUGUGGAAAAACUGGACUCUCCGCAAGAGACAGAAGAUCCGCUUCCUGGUGGAGAUCUUCUGGCCAGUGUUGCUAUUCAUUGGUCUGGUGUGGCUGAGGAAGGCUAAUCCACUGUACCAGCAACAUGAAUGUCAUUUCCCCAACAAGGCCAUGCCCUCAGCAGGGAUUCUGCCCUGGAUCCAGGGCAUCUUCUGCAACGCCAACAACCCCUGCUUCCGAUAUCCAACCAGAGGAGAGUCUCCAGGAGUUGUCUCCAACUAUAACAACUCAGUAUUGGCACGGUUCUAUGUUGAUGUCCAGGAGCUUCUGCUCAAUGAAACGGACGUCCAGCAGCUUGGUCAGCUUUGGCAUGAAAUGUCGUCCUUCUCAAACUUCAUGGACACGUUACGCAACAACCCAUCUGUGGUGUCAGGCCGUGGGCUCAAGAUAGAUGACAUUCUGAAGGAUGACGAGGUUCUCACGGCCUUCCUGUUGCGAGACGCCGGCCUCUCGGACUCAAUAGUCUACCAGCUCAUCAAUGCAGAAAUAAGACUAGAACAGUUUGCCUUUGGUAUCCCAGACCUGCAGCUGAAAGACAUUGCGUGCAGUCAGGCCUUACUGGAGCGUUUCAUCAUCUUCCCCAGUCGCAUGGGACUCCACGGGGUCCGCAACGCCAUGUGUGCCCUCAGCCAGCAAAGACUGCAGAAGAUAGAGGACGUCCUUUAUGCUAAUCUGGACUUCUUCAAGAUCUUCAAACUGAUGCCCCAGGUUAUGGACAGAAGCUCCCAGGGGAUUGACCUGCACUUCUGGGGCCAGGUUCUUAAGGCAACAUCAGAGAAGAUCCAAGUUCUGAUGGAGCGGGAGAGCUCUCAGGAGCUCCUGAAGGUAGUUUCCUCUCUGUUCCGAGCUGGGGGUCCGCCCUCCUUCACCCAGCUUAUGUCCAGUGUGUCGAACCUCUUCUGUGGAUACCCAGAGGGAGGCGGCUCCAGGGUCCUGUCCUUCAACUGGUACGAGGACAACAACUACAAGGUGUUUCUCGGGGUCAAUGGCACCAAGAGCCACAACUAUGUUUAUGAUGACACUGCCACUCCCUUCUGCAACGCCCUCAUGCAGACCCUGGAGUCCAACCCUGUCACAAAAAUUGUGUGGAAUUCAGUCAAGCCCCUGCUGAUGGGAAAGAUCCUGUACACCCCCGACUCCCCUGCCGUCCGCCAGAUAUUAAAGAGUGCCAACACAACCUUCGAGGAGCUAGAGAGGCUCCAGAACAUGGCAAAGGCCUGGGAGGAGGUGGGACCUCAGCUCUGGGCUUUUUUCUACAACAGCGUCCAGAUGAAUAUGAUCAGGGACACUCUGAGAAACCCGACAGUGAUGCACUUCAUGGACAACAGUCUGAAGGACACUGACUUUACCACCAAAGACAUUCUUAACUUCCUACACAGUGGUCAUGAGGAGGAGAGGGAGGCAGGAAUGCCAAACUUUGACUGGAGGAACAUUUUCAACAUCACUGACCAGAUCAUACGCAUGUUCAACCAGUAUGGAGAGUGCAUCAGUCUGGAUAAGUUUGUGGCCUACACAGAUGAGUCCCAGAUGAUCCACCAGGCCUUGUACCUGCUAGAGGAGAAUAAGUUUUGGGCUGGCGUGGUGUUCAUGGACAUGUACCCCUGGACCACAAGUGUACCGCCACAUGUCAAGUAUAAGAUUCGCAUGGACAUUGAUGCAGUGGAGCGUACCAACAAGAUCAAAGACAGGUACUGGGACCCUGGUCCCCGAGCAGACCCCAUGGAGGACCAGAGGUACAUCUGGGGAGGCUUUGCCUAUCUGCAGGACAUGAUUGAACAUGGCAUCAUCAAGCUUCACACAGGCAAUGACUGGCCACUUGGGGUCUACGUCCAGCAGAUGCCCUAUCCAUGUUAUGUAGAUGACCUUUUUAUGAUCACACUGAACCGCUGCUUCCCGAUGUUCAUGGUGCUGGCGUGGAUCUACUCUGUGUCCAUGACUGUGAAGAGCAUUGUGCUGGAGAAGGAGCUGCGCCUCAAGGAGACCCUCAAAGCCAUGGGGGUCGACAACGGUGCUAUUUGGUACACAUGGUUCAUGGACAGCUUCAUCAUGAUGACUGCAAGCACGGUGCUGCUCACCUCCAUCAUCAUGGGUGGAAAGGUGCUGAAUUACAGUGACCCCAUCGUUGUGUUCUUCUUCCUGCUGACUUUCACCAUCACCACCAUCAUGCAGUGUUUCCUGAUGAGUGUGUUCUUCAACCAGGCCAACCUAGCAGCUGCCUGCAGCGGCAUCAUCUAUUUCACCCUCUACCUGCCUCACAUCCUCUGCUUCGCCUGGCAGGACCGAAUCACAAAAAACAUGAAGUUGGCUGCUAGCUUGUUGUCUCCAGUGGCCUUUGGCUUUGGGACAGAGUACCUGUCACGGUACGAGGAGCAGGGUUUGGGACUGCAGUGGGACAACAUCCAGACCAGCCCACUAGAGAAAGACACCUACUCGUUCCUCACCUCCAUCUUCAUGAUGAUAUUUGAUGCUGUCAUCUACGCUGUCCUAGCCUGGUAUCUGGAUAAUGUCUUUCCAGGACAGUACGGCAUUGGUCGGCCAUUCUACUUCCCAUUCCAGCCCUCAUACUGGCAAAGACCUGCACCCUCUCGUGCAGAAAUGGCUGAUCGAGAUCCUGAGAAACCUGAGCCAGAGAAUAUGGAGAAGGAUUUCGAGAGCAGGGGCACACCAGAGACAUACAUCUGCAAUGGUUCAGCCAGCAAGAAAACCUGCAAGCACCAAAGUAAGAGGGAAAGACUAUUAAGAGAGAAAGAGGUGCUGAGACAACAACAGGAAACGCCAAAUCAGGAGGAGUGUCAGGACUCAGGGAAGGAAGGUCAGUUGUUCUUUGAACCCGACCCGUUGGGCCUGGUCAUGGGAGUGCAGAUCCAGGACCUGGUAAAGGUGUUUGAUGGAAGCUCUCGUCCAGCAGUCAAUGGUCUCAACAUCAAUUUCUACGAAGGCCAGAUCACAUCCUUCCUCGGACACAAUGGGGCUGGAAAAACCACAACAAUGUCCAUCCUGACUGGAUUGUUCCCUCCCACAUCUGGCACAGCCUACAUUAACGGAAGAGACAUUAGGACUGACAUGGACAUCAUCCGUUCGUCCAUGGGCAUGUGUCCUCAAUACAACAUCCUCUUCAAACAUCUCACAGUGGAAGAGCACAUCCUGUUCUACUCACUGCUGAAGGGUCGGACUCAGGCGGAGGCAGAGAAGGAGGUUGAGGACAUGCUGGUGGACCUAGGGCUGCCUCACAAGAGAGACGACGAGGCUCAGAACCUCUCAGGAGGUAUGCAGAGGAAACUGUCAGUUGCCAUGGCGUUUGUUGGAGGGUCAAAGGUCGUCAUCCUGGAUGAGCCCACUUCAGGAGUGGACCCCUAUUCCAGGAGAUCUAUCUGGGAUCUCCUACUGAAAUACAGAACUGGCCGUACGGUGAUUCUGUCCACCCAUCACAUGGAUGAGGCCGACCUGCUGAGCGACCGCAUCGCCAUCAUCUCCAAAGGACAGCUGCACUGUUGUGGAUCCCCCCUCUUCCUCAAGAACUGUUUCGGAGUGGGUUUCUAUCUGACACUGGUACGCCGCAUGAAGGACCUGAAAAAAAAGGAGAAUGACUGCGACUGUGCCUCAGACUGCUCCUGUUCCUGCUCCAUAUGUACCAGAUACAAAGAUCAGUCUCAGAACCAGUCCCAGCAUCUAGACAGAGUUCUAGAUGGGGAUAUAGACAACAUCACCGGCCUCAUCCACCACCAUGUCCCUGAAGCCAAACUGAUUGAGAUGAUUGGGCAGGAGCUGACCUAUCUGCUCCCCAAUAAAGGGUUCAAGCAUCGGGCGUAUGCCAGUCUUUUUAGAGAGCUGGAGGAGACUCUUGUAGAAAUGGGCCUCAGCAGCUUUGGCAUCUCUGACACAUCACUGGAGGAGAUAUUCAUAAAGGUCACUGCAGAUGGAGAAGCAGCGAAUAAUGCCACCACUCCUGAGCAGUGGAUGUUGCAGCGGAGAAAAAAUGACGGCCAAGUUGGUGUAGAGGGAGAUGAAGAACAAAAUGGUGUGAAUGGUACUGCCCAUGGUGCAUCAGACAGCAGCGCAGGAAAGGGCUCCAGGCAGGUGAAAGGUGCUUCUCUGAUCCUGAAGCAGUUCCACGCGCUGCUGGUAAAGAGGUUUCACCAUGCCACCAGAAGCCAGAAAGACUUCCUAGCACAGAUCGUCCUCCCUGCCAGUUUUGUCCUGAUAGCUCUGAUCUUCACCAUGAUCGUCCCCCCGUUUGGAGAGUAUCCCAGUCUGACUUUGACACCCUGGAUGUACGGACAGCAGUUCACCUUCUUCAGUAAUGAGCAGCCAUUUGACCCCAAGAUGAAACACUUCGUUGAGCGUUUAUUAAACCAACCAGGCCUGGGGACCCGCUGCAUGGAAGGAGAACCACUAGGAAUGCCCUGCACUAACACUACAUCAGAGUGGGAGAAUCCUGAUGUCUCCCCUGUGGUCAGCAACAUCUUACAGAGUCCUGCGUGGAACCAGAGAAACCCGUCUCCCUCCUGCCAGUGCAGCACCAGUAAGAAGUUGACCAUGAUGCCCAUCUGUCCCAUCGGCGCAGGAGGCCUUCCCCCUCGCCAGCGAAUCGAGGCCACGGGAGACACAAUGCUGGAUCUGACAGACAGGAACAUCUCUGACUACCUGGUUAAAACUUACCCCAGUCUCAUCAGAACCAGUUUGAAGAGCAAAUACUGGGUGAACGAACAAAGGUACGGAGGCCUGUCAAUAGGAGGACAACUUCCCAUCCUGAAGGUGGACCCCAAAGACAUCCAGAGUGUUUUCCAUCAGCUGGGACAAAUGCUCAACAUCUCAGGGGGUUACCAUUCUGGACUUGCACUGAAGGAGAUUGGUCCUUUCUUACGAUACAUGGAAAGUGAAUUCAAUGUAAAGGUUUGGUAUAAUAAUAAAGGCUGGCACGCCAUGGUGGCCUUCAUGAAUGUGGCCAGUAAUGCCAUCCUGCGGGCCUUCCUACCCACAACUGCCAAACCUGUGGAGUUUGGCAUCACCGCCAUCAACCACCCUCUAAACCUCACCAAAGAGCAGCUUUCCGAAGUCACUGUGUUGACCACCUCUGUAGACGCCGUAGUGGCUAUCUGUGUUAUUUUCGCCAUGUCCUUCAUCCCUGCCAGCUUCGUCCUCUACCUCAUCCAGGAGCGUGUCACCAAGGCCAAGCACCUGCAGUUCGUUAGCGGGGUCAGCCCUUUAGUUUACUGGGUGGCCAACUUCUUCUGGGACAUAAUUAACUACACUCUCAGUGCUGCAAUGGUGGUUGGCAUUUUCGUGGCUUUUGAUAAAAAGUGUUACACAUCACCAUCCAACCUGCCGGCACUAAUUGCUCUUCUUCUACUGUACGGAUGGUCAGUUACGCCCAUGAUGUAUCCCAUGUCCUACAUAUUCAACAUCCCAAGUACUGCAUACGUCUCUCUGUCCUGCAUCAACCUGUUCAUCGGCAUCAACAGCAGCGCCCUCACCUUCAUUCUGGAGCUUUUUGAAAACAAUCGGCCUUUGCUUAUGGUCAAUGAGUGGCUGAAGAAAUGCCUGCUGGUGUUCCCUCACUUCUGCCUGGGGCGAGGACUGAUAGAUAUGGCCAUGAACCAGGCUGUUACUGAUGUCUAUGCCAGGUUUGGUGAGGAGCACACACUGGACCCUUUCCGGUGGGACUUCGUGGGGAAAAAUAUUGCUUUCAUGGCUGUGGAAGGCUUUGUCUACUUUAUUCUCAAUCUUCUCAUCCAGUACCGGUUCUUCUUGGACCACUGGUUAUCAGACUACAAACAUACCCCAAUACAAGAUGAAGAUGAUGAUGUGGCAGCAGAGAGGCAGAGAAUUUAUGAUGGAGGGAGCAAAACAGACAUCCUGCAGAUCAGAGACCUCUCUAAGACGUAUGUGGGCAGGAAGAGGGCAGCUGUGGACCGGAUUUGUGUGGGAGUCCCUGCAGGAGAGUGCUUUGGUCUCCUGGGAGUUAAUGGAGCUGGAAAGACGACGACCUUCAAAAUGCUGACUGGUGACACUGAUGUCAGCUCUGGGGAAGCUACUGUGGCUGGUUACAGCAUCCUGACAGAGAUUCUGGAUGUGCACCAGAACAUGGGCUACUGCCCUCAGUUUGAUGCCAUCGAUGAGCUCCUUACUGGCAGGGAGCAUCUCUACCUUUAUGCUCGUCUCAGAGGGGUUCCUGAGUCAGAGAUUCCCAGGGUGGCAGAGUGGGGCAUCCAGAAGCUGGGUCUCACAGAGUACGCUGGCCACUGUGCAGGGACGUACAGUGGAGGCAACAAACGUAAACUCUCCACAGCUAUCGCAAUGAUUGGCUGCCCAGCACUGGUGCUGCUGGACGAGCCCACGACAGGGAUGGACCCGCACUCUCGACGCUUCCUGUGGAACGCCAUCAUGAGUGUCAUUCAGGAUGGCAGGGCCGUGGUGCUAACAUCACACAGCAUGGAGGAGUGUGAGGCCCUCUGCACCCGACUGGCCAUCAUGGUCAAUGGGACCUUCAAGUGUUUGGGUACCAUCCAGCAUCUCAAAUACAAAUUUGGUGACGGCUACGUAGUGACCAUGAAAAUCAAGGCAGCUAAAGUUGGCUUGUCCCCAGAGCUGGAGCCUGUCGAGAGCUUUAUGGAGAGCUGCUUCCCCGGCUGUGUUCAGCGGGAGAAGCACUACAACACACUGCAGUACGAGAUUGCCUCCUCCUCCCUGGCCAGGAUAUUUCAGCUGGUGGUGGCCAAUAAAGAGAGGCUCAGCAUCGAAGACUACUCUGUUUCUCAGACAACACUGGACCAGGUGUUUGUCAACUUUGCCAAGCAACAGACAGGAGAGGACGAGGAUGUUUCGUUACACAGACGGACGGCAGGAGGAAGAAAAGACGUCAAGAUUUCUCCAGUGAAGAGGAAAACAUGAAAAAGUCACCUGUAAAUGAACGGACAACCAAAUGGAGGUAUUACUCUGCAGGGCAGUAAGCUAACUUUCAGCCACUUUUUAUAUUUCCCUGCCCAAAUUGCUUUUUAGAAUAGAGCCUGGCCAGUUACCUGCCAAAGUCACUGGUAGAGCAGUUUAUCAAAAACCCAGCACAUCUGACACAUUACUUGAAAUUAUGUUUGUUUGCUUUAAACAGCAGAAACUAAUGCAACAAAGAUUUCCUCAUCUGACAUAUGUAAAAGAAAGACAGUUCUGCUUAUAUUAACUUGUACAAAUAUGUACAUAUUGUAUGUGUAAUGAAUACUUAAGCACCUUAGCAGUAUUUUUAAAAUUUGAAAUGUCAUUUAAUGUUGGCUGUAUUUACUGACUGAAUGCAAAACAUGUUUACCGUCACUUCCAUUCUUUUCAGUUAUUUACUGUUGUAUAUUGUUAUAUAUUGAAGCUUUUCUUUGUCUGUUUCAUACAUUGCCAUGUCAUGUUGUUCCCCAGUCAGUACAAAAUGUUCCUCUUAAAAGGAUUACAUUUGAGAAAAAUUAGGUUUUAGAUAAAUAUAGCUGUAAAUAAAUCUAUUUUGUAUUUGGCCAAA